AUGAGUGGAAAGAAGACCAAAUCUGGUAAAGCCAAUCAGAAUAAGAAACAAGAGGUUGUUCAAGAUGAACGUUUACAAGCGAUUGUUUUGACUGACUCGUUUGAGACUAGGUUUAUGCCUUUGACUUCGGUGAAACCAAGAUGUUUGUUGCCGUUGGCCAACAUUCCCUUGAUUGAAUAUACUUUGGAGUUCUUAGCUAAGGCCGGAGUCAACGAAGUUUAUCUGAUUUGUGCAUCGCAUGGUGAACAGAUCCAGGAAUAUAUCGAUCAGUCCAAAUGGAGUUUACCAUGGGCUCCGUUUAAGGUGAAUACCAUCAUGUCGCUAGAGUCCAGAUCUGUUGGAGAUGCAAUGAGAGAUGUCGAUAACCGUGGGCUAAUUACCGGUGAUUUCGUACUUGUUAGUGGUGAUUUGGUGACUAAUAUGGACUUUGAAAAGGCUUUAGAUAUUCAUAAACAAAGGAGAAAGGCUGAUAAGGAUCAUAUUGUCACUAUGUGCCUAAGUAAAGCGACUCAGUUUCAUAAGACAAGGUCUCAUGAACCAGCAACGUUCAUUUUUGAUAAGUCUAAUGAUAGAUGUAUUUACUACCAGGAUAUCCCAUUGGCUAGCUCUAGAGAAAAAACUACCAUUGAUAUUGAUCCUGAACUUCUGGAAGGUGUUGACGAGUUUGUGUUACGCAACGAUUUGAUUGAUUGCCAUGUAGAUAUCUGUUCUCCUCAUGUCCCUGCUAUUUUCCAAGAGAAUUUCGAUUACCAAUUCUUGAGAAGAGAUUUUGUUAGAGGUGUGCUUUCUAGUGAUUUGUUGAAGAAACAUAUCUACGGGUACAUUACCGACGAAUACACCACUAGAGCAGAAAGUUGGCAAACGUAUGAUGCUAUCUCGCAAGAUUUUAUUGCUAGAUGGUGUUACCCAUUGGUUCUUAAUGCCAACCUUUUAAAGGGCCAAACUUAUUCAUACGAAAGCCAACACAUUUAUAAGGAAAAAGACGUGGUAUUAGCGCAGUCCUGUAAGAUAAAGAAAAACACGGCCAUCGGCUCAGGAUCCAAGAUUGGAGAAGGUACAGUCAUUGAAAAUAGUGUUGUUGGUAGAAAUUGUAAAAUUGGCUCAAACAUCAGAAUCAAAAACAGUUACAUUUGGGACAAUGUUGUCAUUGAUGAUAACACUACAAUUGAGCACUCUUUAGUUGCUUCAGAUGUUAAAUUAGGAUCAAACGUCACCUUGAAUGAUGGUUCCAUUAUCGGAUUCAAUGUAGUGAUUGACGAUAAUGUUACAAUCCCAGUUGGAACCAAGAUUUCAGCGGUUCCAGUACAGAGGAACACAGCUCAAUUCUUAGAUACAGCACAUAAUCUUUCUUCCAGCGAUGAGGACGAAGAAGGAAGCACAUUCACCAGAAAUUCAUCUUCUUUAUCAAUCAGUAAUUCCGAUGAAGUUGCCGAUGCGAAGAUUAAACUAUCUAAGCAGUUGGUUGGGCCAAACGGGAGAGGCGUACUAUACGAAAGUGAUGAUGAGGAUGAAGAUGAAGAUGGAUCGACCGAAAAGGGUAUUGCGAACACAUUAACGUACAGAGACGAUGACAUUUAUUUAUCGGAUACUUCCAUAUCAUCCAUCACUCAAAAACAUAGAAAGAGGAGAACCAUGUCGAUGACUAGUAUCUAUACUGAUUACGAAGGAGAAGAAGACGAAGAAGAAGAUUUCGAAAAAGAAGCCAUCGCAACAGUUGAAAGAGCUAUAGAGAACAACCACGAUUUAGACACAUCAAUGCUUGAACUAAACACUUUGAGAAUGAGUAUGAACGUCACUUAUCAUGAAGUCAGGAAUGCUUCUGUUAUCGCUAUAUUCAGAAGAGUUUACCACUUUGUAGCCACACAAACACUAGGUCCAAAGGACGCUGUCACUAAAGUCUUACAACAAUGGGGUCCUGUGUUUAAGAGACAAGCAUUUGAUAGUGAUGAGUUCAUUGAUCUAAUGAAUAUCAUUCUGGAUCGUGUGCUAGAUCAGAAAUUCGAUAAACCAGAUUUCAUUCUAUUCCAUGUAUAUAAUGUCUUGUAUGAUUUGGAUAUCUUAGAGGAAGAUGUCAUUUACAAAUGGUGGGACUCUGUAAGCGGUGAUUCAAAAUACAGCGAAGUUACUGCUCUACUGGCCAAAUGGGUGGACUGGCUAAAGACUGCAGAUGAAGAAUCAUCUGAUGAAGAAGACAGUGACGAAGACGAAUAA